CCAGUCAGUCGAUCUGUUGUCGUUAAAAUUAAAAAAUCUGAAAUUCAUGGAUAUUUACUAAGAACAUUUGCUGAAAUACAAGGCUACCUAGCAGCCCUAAUUCCAAAAGUACACCGGUGAAUAUGUCCCGACAAAUUGGAAGAAGUGUGGAUCCAAAGAAAGUGAGUGGGGAGCUGUUCACUCUGACAUAUGGUGCCCUUGUCUCUCAACUUAUCAAAGAUUAUGAAAAUGAGGAUGAUGUCAAUAAACAACUCGACAAAAUGGGUUACAAUAUAGGAGUGCGGCUGAUAGAAGACUUCUUGGCCAGGUCUAAUGUUGGAAGAUGUCAUGACUUCAGAGAGACGGCAGAUGUCAUUUCAAAAGUUGGUUUCAAAAUGUUUCUUGGUAUUACCCCCGUUGUGACAAACUGGAGUCCUGCUGGGGAUGAGUUUUCCCUCCUUUUAGAAAACAACCCCCUCACUGACUUUGUCGAACUACCAGAUGGCCACAGCAACCUCAGCUAUUCUAACAUAAUGUGUGGUGUACUCAGAGGUGCAUUAGAGAUGGUUCAACUAGAUGUAGAUGUAAGAUUUGAACAAGACCAGUUAAAAGGGGACAAUAUCACAGAAAUCAGAUUAAAGUUUAUUAAAAGACUAGAAGAUGCAGUACCAGUUGGCGAAGACUGAGAAUUGACAAUUCUUGUAAAAUAGAAUGAAUAAAAGAGGAAAUAGCAGAGUAAACCAUAUGGGGUUCAACAAAGCAGAAAUUCAUAAACCAGGUCCUCAUUUUGAAAGUUAAAGGAAAUAUUAAAAUAUUGUGAUGCAUUCCAUAAGUGUUUUAUAUGAGGUAAUGCGAACAUAGUGAUAUACGAUAUCUUCUAGAUAUCUGUCAGAGAUGAAGUUCUGACCUUAAAUUCAUAAAAAAUAUUAAUUGAUAACAAUGUGUUAAUUCUACGAGAGGUCUGAACCUAGAUAAGCCAAUGCAUUUUCUUCUUUCAGAACCAUAAUUUCCAUAUGAGUAUCUUAUAUUGUAUUAUUACAUGUAGAAUCAACACUUCAGCACCCUCCAAACUGCACUCUAAAAUCAUGGUGCAGAAUGGAACAUUGAGAAUAUGGUUCUGCACAGUGUUCAUGGUACUAGUACUAGUACCAUAAGGCACUAUUUUAAUCUACG